AUGAGUACAAAUUGGUUUCUAAAUGAUGAGCUUUCAACAGAUUCAUGCAAGUACUUUGAGGAACAGCGAAUGCGACAAAUACUGGAGAGUAUUGUAGCAGGAAUCACAUAUAAUAAACCUUCAGAUCCCUUAGAGUACAUGGAAUGCUGUAUUCAAAAAAUACGAGCCAACGAGUUGCUUUCUGCGCAACCAACACUGCGAUGGGAUACAUUUUUACCACCCAUUGUACUUUUAUCACGCAACUCCAGACAGGACAGUAUUGUUGUCCGUAAGAGUAAGAUUGGAAACACAGUACUACCACGCAUAUCCACCACUCAUGCGCAUCAGAGUAAUGAGCAUCAAGCACCCAGUUUGAUUACGGAGAUUGGUGUACAGAAGCGCAUAUCCAUAGUGCUUCCGCCUAUUCAAUCUGCAACCGAUCGUGCUUUCAAGGAUACUUCCAUCACAACCACACCCCAGAUAACAAGUCGAGGACAAGCAUGGAAUAAUAUCGUAUUUGUUUUAGGAGGGCCAGGAUCGGGGAAAGGAACUCAAUGUGUUCGCAUAGCCAAAGAAUUCAAUUACACGCAUCUAUCAGCUGGGGAUCUUCUCAGAAAUGAAGUGGCUACAGGCUCAAGCUUAGGAAAGCAACUCGACUCGAUGAUGAAGGAGGGAAAAAUAGUGCCCACGGAUAUCACACUGCGGUUGCUCACUGAAGCCAUGGAGACGGCGCCUGCAGCAAAAGGAUUCUUGAUUGAUGGAUUUCCCCGUCAAUUGGACCAAGCAGAAGCGUUUGAAAGCAAGAUUGCUCGGUGCAGGUUUGUUCUCUACUUUGAGUGUUCUGAAUCCGUUCUUGAACAACGACUACUUGAAAGAGGGAAAAGCAGCGGCAGAGCAGACGAUAACAUGGAAACCAUCAAGAAACGAUUCCAUACAUUUGUGGAAACCAGCUAUCCUGUCAUUGAAUUUUUCAAAAAUGCAGGAAGAUGCUUCAAGAUUUCAUCCGAACAAUCUCCUGACGAAGUAUAUGACGAGGUUCAACAGUGUUUUGUUGAUCCCCCGCUCUACCAUCCAAAUAUUGUUUUCAUAUUGGGUGGUCCUGGAUCAGGAAAGGGAACUCAAUGUGAACGGCUUGUCAAAGAGUUUCAGCUUACUCAUUUAUCUGCUGGCGAUUUGCUACGAGGUGAAGUGGAGCGUGGUACUGAGGUCGGAAUCCUAGCAAGUGAGCUGAUGAAAGAAGGAAAAAUUGUUCCAAUGGAUUUGAUUCUGUCGCUUCUACGAAAGGAGAUUGAAAAAAAUAUUGCAUCAAUUGGAUUUCUAAUUGAUGGAUUUCCUCGUGCAAUGGAUCAGGCAUUGGAGUUUGAAAAAACGAUUGGACCAUGCCGUGCUGUAUUGGCAUUCACGUGCAGUCUCCCAGUUUUAGAACAAAGACUGCUGGAGCGUGGAAAGACAAGCGGGCGUGCAGACGAUAAUCUGGACACGAUCAAAAAAAGAUUUCAUACUUUUAAUGAGCAGAGUUUGCCCGUUAUCGAAUACUAUAAAAGCAAGGGGAAAUGUGUCGAGAUUUCUUCAGAAAAUGCCAUUGAUAGGGUUUAUGACGAUGCCAGAUUGGUGUUUAUUCCUCCCGAACCCCUUCACCACCCAAAUCUUGUCUUUAUUUUAGGUGGUCCUGGAUCUGGAAAGGGCACCCUGUGCGAAAAAAUUGUAAAGGAGUUUGACUUUAUCCAUAUUUCUACGGGUGAUCUCCUUCGACGAGAAAUUGAAAACAAAACUGCCAUAGGCCAAUUGGUUGAGCAAUGCAUUCUAGUUGGAGCAAUGGCACCUAGUCAUAUUAUUCUGGAAUUGUUGAUACGUGAAAUCAUGGGAAAUUUUGCAGCACCUGGAUUUUUGAUUGAUGGAUUUCCUCGAGCAAUGGAUCAGGCUUUGAAUUUCGAGCGUGUGGUUGGAAGCCCCAAGUUUGUACUUUUCCUUGAAUGUCCGCUCAAUAUUUUGGAAAAAAGAUUGGUUGAACGUGGGCGUACUAGUGGUCGUGCAGAUGACAACAUUGAUACGAUCCGAAAGCGAUUCAUUACGUAUCACGAUGAAAGUUUGCCCGUCAUUAGAUACUACACUUCAAAGAGCAUUGCUUUGAAAAUAUCAUCUAUUCGAGCACCAGACGAGGUAUUUGAUCAAGUAAAAGUGAAUUUUGCUUACAUGAAAACCAAACAGCCAUUUGAAGGACAGUUGAUUAUUUUUGUUCUGGGUGGUCCUGGAAGUGGAAAGGGCACACAAUGCGACAGAUUGGUUGCAAAGUAUGGUCUGACCCAUUUAUCAACUGGAGACCUGCUACGCGAUGAAGUUAAAAAAGGUUCUCCGCUUGGUGCUCAGCUUGAAUCCGACAUGACUCAGGGAAAAAUGGUUUCCAUGGAAGUCAUCAUGAAGCUUUUGUUGGCAGAAAUGAAUCAAAAAAAAGAUGGUCCUGGAUACCUCAUUGAUGGAUUUCCACGUACAAUUGAGCAAGCACAUUUGUUUGAGUCGGUGAUUGGAAGAUGCACGUUCGUAUUGUACUUUGAAGCAUCAAAUGAAAUUCUUACGACUCGUUUACUCAAGCGCGGUGAGACGAGUGGGCGUGCUGAUGACAAUCUAGAAAGUAUUGGCAAGAGACUUGUGACAUUUGAGAACGCUAGUUUGCCCGUGAUACGGUAUUAUGAGCGAACAAACCGAGUCAAAAAGAUCAACUCGGAAGCACAUGUAGACGAAGUCACUGCUAAAACUGUGCUACUUUUUGAAGAAAACCAUACCUUUUCUACCACAAAAGAUCUGCAAUAA